ACACGUGGUUAGAAUUCACGACUGUUGAUUGGUCAAAUGUUUUUGAUUCAAGAUGGCGAAUGUCCCGCGCUAAACUACCGCAAUGUUUGCUCUGCGUAUGUGCCCGAAGUCCAGAAGCUUUUAUCCAUUGCUAUGUUGUAAAAAAGAAAGCAUUGCGUUGAGAACUGUUUGACAAUGUUGAUGCACAGUCUAAAAGCGUAAACUUAGUAUUAAAGGUAAAAUGCCCCUCGUAGUACUGCUCACGAGCAUUCAAAACAAGGAAUUGCGCGAGAACCUCUCAACACAAGAUCUCAUUUCUAGUGUGUUUCCACUGUAACAAAAGAAAUGUGGAACCAAAACAACGCAAGGCCAAACCUUCCUUUCGCUGACUUCGUCCCGGGAUCUCAAGUACCAAAUCUUCAGGAGCAGAUGCAUCAAGCAUUUCAAUUCAAUCCCAUGAGAACCCCUUACAUGGGUGGUUGGCACUCACAACCACCAAUGCAUGUUCCUCAAAACGAACCUUACCUAUCUGGACAUUUUCCUGGCCAUCAUAGCCUGCCCCGCAUGACACAAGAAGUCCAGAGUGUCCCUGGUCAAGGUCAACCUAUAGCACAGCCAUAUAAUCCCCCUAAUUCUGGAAUAACACCAAUGGUUAUGGAUACUGAUCCAGGGUAUAACACAGGAGCUCAGUAUGGGUAUAAUUCUGGCAAUUUUGGCCCAAUGGGGGACCAAGGCUUGGGACCACCUGGUACAGAAGAUGUGGGCCAGAAUUAUGCUGUCUCGUCUGCGAACUUACACUUAUUACCUGGUUAUCAGAAUUCACAAACAAGCAGCUUCUCGGAGACCUACUCUUCACAUACUGCACUAGGUUCUAAUUCAGCGACGCGGCUGCCAGAUGUCUGCAAUCAAGUUUGUCAACGGUUUGAUGAGAUUAUUUCAGAGUGUCAGCCUAUGACAGGGGUGGUUGUUGAUGUGGCACGUUCCAGAGAGGCUGCUGAAUCAAAUUCAUCACACAUCAGUAAAAAAUACCACAAGAGUAAUUCUUCCAGUCCCAACAAAAGAAAGCAAAGCCCAAGAACUUCACGUUUGAGUCCUAGUCAUACAAAGUAUGCAGGAGUACCGGAUAAAUCUAGAAGCAACCAUCAUCAAAGUCCUUACAAAGCCAGCUGCGAGAAAAAAUUUGAUUCAGACAAAGAAAGAAAGGACACACAUUACCGCCAAAAAAGGAAACACAGGAUAGGAGCUGGGGAAUGUUCUAGUUCAAAAGCAAGAAAACCCCACAGUGAUCUAGUACCCAACAAGUCACAAGCAGACCAAAGGAGAUCCAGCGUUGGCCCAAGUAGUACCCACAAGUCACAGGCAGACCAAAGGAGUUCCAGCAUUGGAUCAAGGGAUACCCAAAAGCCACAGGCAGACCAAAGGAGGUCCAGCAUUGGCUCAAGUAGUACCCACAAGUCACAUGCAGACCAAAGAAGGCUUAGCGACAGCCCAAGGGAUACUCACAAAAAUAACAGGAGAAGAACCUUUAAAGGAAGUGAUAAAGAUGACAAAAACCACAGAUCACUCAACCUCCGUAGCUAUUCACCUCCACCACCUGAUAGCAAAAGGAAAGUCAAGUUUAUUGUACCAGAAGAUUGUUAUACAAGAGUCAAAGGCACUCCUUCUCAAUCCACUGUGACUGGAACAAAAAAGCUUGAAAACCUCUAUGCAGCAUUUGAGGAAAAGAUCUUACAGCUCAAGUCUAGCCCUGUUGAUAUGCUGCCAGGGCACGAUGAUCCAGCAGCAGUACAUUCUGAUUCGGAUAAAAGUGACUUUGAAUCAGUCACAGAUUUCUGUGAUGUGUUUUCUGCGGAUGAGUUGAGCUGUAACAGUGAUUUAGAUGAUAAGGGAGAUGAUGAGAGUAUGAGCUCAGAUGAUGAGAAGCAUAGUACUGGCCCAUCACCACCACAAGUGAAAGAACGGAAGUUAAACGAUCCAAGGCGACUUCACAAAGACCUGUGGUUCAACGAGAAGGGAGAGACUAAUGAAGGCCCGGUGUGUAGAUGUAGUGUGAAGGAGAAGAUGACAGGGAUAAGGCAUGCUGUAUACCCUGGAGAAAUGGAAAUACCUAGAUGUGACCUUCUUGGUAAUAACAGCAGUAACCUCCACCACUACUGGGUGACUGUGACUCCACAUGCUAAUUUUAUGACAGAUCGACCAACAAUAAUUCAGCACAAGGGAAGAGAAUUUGUGUUUGAAGGUUUUUCACUUCUCUCUCAUCAUCGAUUGAACAAGGUCCCACCUUGCUCCCUUAUCCGCUACAAUAUAGAAUACGAGAUCCACUUUAUUGAACAGCCUGUUCCUAAGAAUUUCUGCAUCAAAGGGCUAGACUUGUUUUCAGACUUUUUGUUUGACAAAGUUCUUGAGCUACAUGAUUGGGCAUUGAAAGCUGAUAAUCAGUGCCCGAGGUUCCACUUUCUACCGAGAUUUGUCUUCAGGAGAAGUGAGAAAGAGCAUGGUUUUGAGGUUGAUGAAUUGCUCUCUAUGGACAAGGUUUUGGCACACUUGAUGGAUAGCUACAAGCCUCUCAUCCAGCCAACAGACCUAAAUCUGCCUGCCAACAAGCAUAUAGAGCUUUCUAAAUCCUGCCGCAACCAGAUUGUUACUAGGCCCUGUAUGAAACCUGCUGCUUUUCGUGUGGAUCAUAUUGAAUUCAGCAGUGCUGAUGACACCAGAACUUCUGGGCGAUAUCCAUAUAUUAUCCAUCAUGGUAUCCGCCCAGUGCAGAUGAGCUAUGUGGGAAAUCCAAAGUACCAGAAGCUCUGGAAGUCGUAUGUUAAACUGCGAAACACCCUUGCCAACAGACCGUCAGGGGCAAGCCGUGAGGAGCAGAACCAACUCGUCCACAUGAAGAGCCGCUUGCAAAUGCUGAAAGUGAACAGCUCUAUGCGCCGUGACUUUCGUGCAAGAUUGAACAGCCAAGGUGUCAUGGCAACAGGAAUCCACUCGGACGUCUGUCAGCAUGCUAUGCUACUUCCGGUUCUAGUGCACCACAUCCGGUAUCACACCUGCCUCAGAACGCUGGAUGCCAAGCUUGGCUACACCUUCAAGGACCGAAUGCUGCUACAGCUGGCUCUGUCACACCCGUCCUACCACUUGAACUACGGCAUGAAUCCCGACCAUGCUCGCAACAGUCUGUCCAACUGCGGCGUCAAGCAGCCGAGGUACGGCGACCGCCGCAUUCACAACGUCCACAGCAAGAAGAAAGGUAUAACACAUUUGGUCCGUGUGAUGGCGAACUUGGGAAAGGUGGAGGAAGAUAGAUCAAUGUUCGAAGAUAACAAUGGCAAACUAGCUCUUAUAAAGCAUCCGGGUGCCAAGGAUAAACGACGCAGGCAGACAGUUCACAGUUCAGGAAAAGCAUGGAUCCGUCACAAUGAGCGGCUGGAGUUUCUUGGAGACGCUGUCCUUGAAUUCAUCUGCAGCAAGCAUCUGUUCUAUAUGCUACCUGACAUGGAUGAGGGGCACCUUGCGACAUUCAGAUCCGCCCUUGUGCAGAACCGACACCUGGCGCUCCUGGCCAAGAUGCUCGACCUUUCUGACUACAUGCAGUUCUCGCACGGACCCGACCUGUGCCAGGAAGACGACUUGAAUCAUGCCAUGGCCAACUGCCUAGAGGCAUUGCUUGGUGCAGUCUAUUUAGAAGCUGGUCUACAAGUAGCAACAGAACUCUUUUCGAGACUUGCAUUCACGGAACAGGACUUGUAUGACAAGUGGAUGGAGCUGCCAAAGCACCGCCUACAGGACCAAAAACCAGGUGGUGACCGACACCUGAUAGGAUCGUCACCAGUUCUUCAAAAACUGGUGGAGUUUGAAGAAGGAAGCGGCAUCCCGUUCACUCACAUCCGUCUACUGGCGCGUGCCUUCACCCAUCCGCAAGUCGGCAAAAAUAACCUAACGCUCGGUGAUAACCAGCGUCUUGAGUUCCUUGGUGACUCCGUGCUACAGUUUGUUGUCUCGGUAUUUCUCUACCAGCACUUUCCAGACCACCACGAAGGACACCUCACGCUCUUACGGAGCUCGUUAGUGAACAGUCGCAGCCAAGCCGAGAUCGCUCGCCAGCUUAACCUCCAAGAAUUCAUCAAUACCGGACCCACGGGGGUCAAGAAUGUGCGAGAGAAAAUGCUAGCAGACGUUCUUGAAGCUUUGAUUGCCGCCGUGUUCGUGGACAAGGGACUAAGACACGUGGAGGUUUUCUGCCGCGUUUGCUUCUUCUCCAGACUCGAGGAUAGCAUUGUUAACCAGGAGUGGAUCGACUCCAAGUCACAGCUACAGCAAUGCUGUCUGGCCAUGCGGACUGAGGGGAAAUCCCCGGACCUACCCAUAUAUAGGAUUCUACAGGACGCCGGUCCAGCUCAUCACAAGAAGUACCAAGUUGGCGUGUACUUCCAGGGCACGCGAUGCGGCAAGGGCGAAGGAUCCAGCAUUCACCAAGCAGAGAUGGCCGCUGCUAAGGAUGCCCUGGAGUCCAGGUAUUUUCCCGAGCAUGCGCGGCAGAAACACCUCCUUGACCGCAAAUACAAGGACAAGCGAGCGAGCCAUCCAAGCCCACGUCGCGAUGAUACCUCGGCUAAUCACCAUGGUUUUCGGCGGGCACCGGACGGCUGUCGUAGACGUGACGGAAAUGCCCCUUUCCAGGACAACACGAGGACAAGCGUGGAAAGUCCUCGUCGAUGUAACACUCUCACCGACAGUCCACUGCGAGCACGAUCGGGGAGUCAUCGAAUGACUUCGGAUUCUCGUCGUAGCUCGGCCGAAGACUUUCAUCGGGGCUCGUCAAGCUCGCGGAAAUCCAAGGAUAGGGAUUUAUCAGAUCCUGAAGACGGCUGGGUGGAUAUAGAUCUCAGCGAAAUGCACAGCGACGCAUCUAGAGACUAGGGGUUUCAACUGCUGUAAUUGCAUAGAAAGCGGGCAAGGCUUUUAAGCCUAGAGCAACCUUAAAAAAUAGAUGGUAUCUACCCCAGUUAUAAAUGAUCAAUUUUGUAACAUGUUUAAGUACGCACUGGAAGUAUCAACAGGCUAAAAACGCAUUAACGCAAACUUCAACGAAAACAGGUCCACAGAGCGACUUGGUAUAUUCUUUUUUGUGGUAGGGAUUGUAUCACAUCGGGAUUUGGAAAAAGAAAAUUCUUGUCCAAACAGGUCAAAAGCAAAAUUUGCUUCUUUUCUAUUAUCUUAACUUAUCCAACUUAAUAACUACAACUACAUACUUAACCUUACAAUAUUUUCGCGCUAACAAUACAGGACCUUAAAGCCACACCGGAGGGCUGACUGAAACCUCAACCGUUAAGAGACAAAAGAAUCUUUUAGAAUCGUCCUCAAAGAAACGUCCAAUAGACACACUGCUUCUACAAUUUAGAAAUAUUCUUCGCGUUUUCAUAAAAAAAUAUCGGAGAUUGUUACGUAGUCGACCCGGAUGUAGGUGGUGACAAUGCGGCUUUAACCCUCUUUUUUGCUAAAGAGACCUUUUCUAUAUAAAAAACAACGCUUUCUUCGGCUUAUGGUAGGACGAACGUUAUAGUCGUUAAUUAGCUUACGAGAAUCAUCAGAUUUAAUUGACGCGAUCUUCCUAACAAGGAGGAUCCUGUCUCCCUCUGAAGUACACUCAUCUCUAUGCCUCGUAUUUUUGCUAGUGAAGAGGAUUUCAACCAAGUAGUUUUGAUAGUUCUACCGUCGCACCUUAAGAUUUUUGUAUUUUUUUUUUUAUUGUCUGGAUUUUGAACUACUCUAGAAACUACAUACGUUAACACAUGCAAACAGGGGGUCCCAGGUCGAUUGAAUUUUAAGUACACACGAGACGGUUGAGUUUCUAAUAGUGUGAUAUAUACAUUGUUAUUAGUGAUCGAAAGUGGACCCAUAUAUGUUUGAUAGGCCACAAGGCCUGUCGUAAGUUGACGACUUUGUGCCUUGAUUUAUACAGAUAUUUUAGAAGGCUGUUUCUUUGCGAGUUAUAAAUUAUGAUAUACAGCAUGUAAUAAUGCAAGAAAAAACAGCCCGAGUGGUUGCCUGUUGUAUUAUUUUAAGUUAGGUUAAUUUGAUAGAUUCAGUAUUAUUGAUGUAGAUGUUAAUAUAUUUGUCUUGUAAAGAUGAGUCUAAAUUAUUUAUUUACAAUCGAACUAACUUGAAUAAUAUAUUUUCGACUAA